CAGGUUUGAAAAGGGUUUGGUUUUCUGCUUGGUGUGUCAUUGUACAAAUACACUGCUGGUUGGAGAAAAAUCUAACUAAGGCUGAGUUGUUGCAGAUGAGAAGAGAGAAAGAGAGUAUAUGAGGUUCACAGGAAAAUGGACCAAUCGGAACUUGAACACGACUUGGGUGGCUUGGAUGUGAUGUGGAAAUUGGUCAAAGAGGAGGAAACGAUACAAGGAUCUGGAGGAGCAGAUGCCUUGCUCUGUCCUUCGUUCACUUGGACCACUUCUCUUUCAGUUAUCCUAGCAACUGGAUCCUUGGAUUCAGUGACCUUAGGAACUUUUCUAUUAAGAUGUUUGUAUUUUUUACAAAUACACGAUGAGACUAUUGUUCAUGAUGGAAAAGAAAUGGAUAUUGUGGAAGAGGAAUUCAAGCAAGGCUGUGGUUUACUGAUAUGACUUAUGGUAUGUCUGUUGUUUGAUUAUCUACGAUGGGAAAUUUUUGCUCUCUUUGUUUGAUGUGGUCACUGCCAGUUUUUUUGUAUAAUAUUUCCAUUCCAGUUUUAUAGGAUUUCUAUUUCUUUUUUAUUUAUACAUUUCCUUUUUAAAAAUUCUACUCUCUUUCUUUUUUAUUCACUGCCUGAUUAUGUUCUUUUCAUAUCAAGAAGGACAAAUUCAUGCUUCUGUGUUAGAAAGUCUUGGUAAAAAAGUUUGAAAGGAUUCUUAGAGAAGGAUCAGUUUAUUCCCUGCAAAUAUUACAAGUAAGAUAUAGUUAAAUUUUAGUUUUGUUCAACUUUUUAACCGUGUCAUUGUUUGCUACAUCAGAUCUUGAUAAAUUUAUGUUGUUUCCCAUCUCUUCCGUGGAGUACUUGAUCCAGCGCACCUCUUUAAGUUUUUUCAGUUAUCAAUUUAUUUUGUCUUUUUUAGUUGUUCAAUUACUCAUUUUCAUCUAAUUUUUGUGCUUAUUCUAACUGUUUAAGCAGCAAUGUCGAGAGCAAACAUUUUGCUAGACCAUUACCUCAGAUUGUUAAGCAUCCCCAACUUUUGUGCCUCUCAAUGAAAUCUAUUGAGGCAUGCUUGAUUUUCCCAUCUGAUUGGUACACUUUGUGGUUGUUGUUUGUUAGUAUUUAUUAGCGUUAUGAAUCUCUUACCUACACAUUAAUUUGUAGAUUAAUGGGCAUGCACUAUGUAGCACUGAGAAGCAUGAAAGACAGGUAAAGAUAAAUAAGAUGAAUGCCAUUGAGUUGGAAAUCUUGGGGUAGUGGCACAUUUUUUACAACAUGUGUUAUGUGUUAAUGAACUAUGUCUUGACAGUGUAUUUUUCCCCACAUUUGUGAGGAUCAAUUUUGCUUUGUAGGGAAUAAACCGAGGAAGGUCCCUCACAUCUAUCAUGUUUUCAUAAGAAGAUAGGAAGAACUUGCCCUAUUGGCUAUGGAUAAAGUUGAACCACUUUCAAAUACAAGUCGGGAUGACGUAGGAAGAUCCAUCGUCAAAAAUUGUAACACAACCCAUUGAGAAUAUGAGCAGAUUCCUUGGCCUUGAAGGAGCUUCUGGCUUGCGGUUAUUGGACGUUGCGGUUAUUGGACGUAAAAGACAUGACUGGUUUUAAUGUAAUUUUAGCUAAUAUUGUAGUCUUAACUGCUUUUUAUUAAAGUCCUUGAAUUAUUUUUUAGCCCUAUCAAUCCAUAUAUUAACUUUUUUUUUGA